CUUGACCAAAAUUACGUCGCUACCUCAAACCAGCAUCACUUCUUCAUUUGCACCAUCAUGAGUUAGUACAUCAGGUCUCUGCAAAAUACAAAAGAGGAUGCACUUUCUGAAAUAUGAAAUGAUAUUAUCAAAGUGUAACGCGUUGACCACAUGGGUGUGGAUGCUGCUCUCUUUGUUACCUGUCGGACAUGCAUUAUUUAACGGCACCUCAGUUCAGACUGUUCAUCGAGGAAUGUCAGUCAAUAUCAGCUGUAACUACAAACCAUCAACUGACAGUGAUGACACAGUGGCACUGAGUACUAAUAGUACGUCAUUGUGCUCAGCAAUGAAAAGUAACAAAUCAUGGAUAUAUCAGCCAUGUAGAAAGCACUGUAGAUUUAUUUGGAAUCCAGAAACUGUGCAAAUGACAUUUGAGAUAUCAAAUCUGCAGAUAAAUGAUUCUGGCACUUACAAAUGUGUUGUGACAAGAUUAAUACCACCUCCUUCCGUCCUUCUGAGCGAAGAAAGAACAGUUGUUCAAGUGAUUGCACGGCCCAUUGUGUCUGUGUCACACAUAAGUGCAUUGGGUGGAUUUGCCUCGAUCCUGUGCAGCUCUGAGGGGUUUUACCCUUCUGCUCUAAAACAGCUGUGGAUGAGAAAUGGAGAAUUUCAGAACGCCUCUCUCACAUACUGCAUUAACAAAACCAACCCAGACGGAUCAUUCACCCUCCAUUCAUACCUGAAUGUAUCUGACUGUGAACACUACUCGUGUUGGGUAAACCACUCAUCCCUGAGCCAGCCAACAAACAUGUCUCUUGAUUGUUAUGGGAACAGAGAUAAAAAUGUAUGCAUAGCUCUGGUGACCUCUGCGCUGCUGAUUCUCAUCAUACUCAUCACGGUUGCGUGCGAGCAUUCCAGAAGAGCACAUCACAGGUCUCCUGGAAGAGUGAAUGUCACACCUGAGCCUGAUCUCCAGUCUCACCUGCAGUAUGACGUAUAUUCAUUGUUGGGUGACCAUCGUCCAGUCCCAUGCAGCCCUGUCGGAGUUCACUCAUCUCCACAAUGAACACCAAAUGUUUUACAUUGAUAGAUAUCCAGAUCCAUUUCUAUCUUAUUCAGUAACCUGAUACCAAAUUUGUGUAUGUAAUAUAUAAUUUACAUAUGAUUAUUUAAACUUCCAUUAACAUCUUGUUGAGUGUAUAUGUUGUCGACAGAGUAUAUGACACAUACAAAAUAUAAGACCUGUGUUCUCUGCCAGCUUCAGCACGUAAAAACCAAUGAAAUGGCUUGCAGAUUGUAGUUUUCUUUCCUGUGUUGGCUUAUUAAUUCUCUAAAAAAUGAAUUCUUUGUUUAUAUCACAUGUACAGUCUUUGACAGUUUUCUCAUGACCUAUAUCAAACAUGUAAACACGGUGUGGUUAAAAUAGCCUGACCAUUUCAUUGCUUUCUCAGUUCAGCUGUACAGUCAGAGCAUGAAGACGUUGUUCUAAAAAGGAGUUUUGUUGGAGACAAAUACAAGCAAAUAAGAUCUAUUUGGUUUCACUAUUUGAAUUCCUACGCACUUUUUAGACAUUGUCACAUAGCUGCAAGUCAUAAUGUUUCUUUUUCAGCUUGGAAUAAAACUAAACCCUGAGUUGCUUUCAGAGCAAUUAGACUCUAAUCAAUGAAGGCCUAAAAGAAGACAGCUGUUGUGACUGGCUCCUCAACAAAACAAAACUGUUAGGCUAUAAAAGUACUUUAGUAAGAACCCUAGGAGUGAUAGAUUAAAAACAACUUUAAUUUGGAUACAAAUACUAACAUAAACUUGACUGUCAUGUUCACUUGGUGUGGUUUCUGAAGUGGUUCUGUCCCCUUGCAUUAUCUGGACUAAAAAUAUUUGCUUGUGUUCAUCUUA